UUGACAAAUAAUUCGUGUUUUCGAUAUUGAAGACUAUAGGUGAUAUUGAGUUAGAGACUUAGCUACUUUAACUGUAAAUACCCCAUUGUUUAGGAGAACUAUAUUUCACUCUAUGUGAUAAUAUAUCCUGUUGUAAACUGGGUUAUAUACAUUCACAAGACAUCAUUGUCACCUGCGUAUACAACUUACAUGUACAUGGUAUAUAUAGUAGGACACAAGACAGAGUAGAAUAAACUCAACAAACAGUACCAGUAUGGUUUAUGUAACAAGAAAGGAUGUUUAUUGUGUAAUAUUUCUAUUUAUAAGCACUGUUAAAGGUGCUGCACAGACAACAAUAUCUUGUGGAGGAGGAGUUGUAGGACAGCCAACAGUCUUAAGUUGUAGUAUUUCUGGUAGUAUAACCCAAGAUAUAUAUUGGUAUCGUUAUAAUACAACUGAUGCCGAGAAUAUAGUUCAGUGCGUUAAGUUAUCGCCCGAAAGUGUUAGUGCAUGUGUGGCAAAUCGUGCUUUAAGAUCCAGGUAUAAUGUUAGCACCGAGCUCCAACCACCACGAAAUCCAUCAUUUACAAUUAUCUCUGUAACAGCUGAAGAUCUAGAAGUAGCUUGGUUAUGUGUGGACAAAAUUACCUUCCCAGACAGAACAUCAAUCAAUGAAGACUCAACAUGUAGUUUAAAACCAGGUCAAACAUACAGUUUAUCAGGAUCAACAUCAUAUGGUAUUAGAGGAGGGGGUUAUAUAUUUACAUGUCAGAUAUAUGGUGGUAAUUUAGUACCCAGUGAUAUUAUCCAGUUUAACAGAGACAGUAUGUCAGUCUGUAGACAUGUACUAACUUGUUUAUCUAGUGUACCAUCUGGUAGAUAUACAUGCGGUUGUAUCAAUGGCAACAACAGACAACUGUAUCUUAAUAUAACUAACAUUCAAGUAACUGAUGCUGGUGACUGGACCUGUGGCGAUAGCUUUAACAUUGCAACCAGUCAAGCUGUAACUCUUCCCGUUUACUAUGGGCCAGAGAAUAUCAGAUUUGAACCAACAAGUUCUAGUAUAACAGUGAUAGAAAAUGAAAGUAGAACUGUAACCUGUUCAGCUGACUGUAAUCCACCGUGUAAUAUCAAAUGGUAUAAAGGAGCUGAUACUACCACUGCUAGUGGUAGUAAUGGUCUUCUAUCAUUGACCAAACGACAACACGCUGGUAAUUACACCUGUCAGAUUACAAAUACACAGAUACCUGGUUCACUUCAAUCUAAACAACUGAUGGUUAUAGUACAUUAUGGACCAGAGAAUAUCAGAUUUACACCAACUAGUUCUAGUAUAACAGUGAUAGAAAAUAAAAGUAGAACUGUAACCUGUUCAGCUGACUGUAAUCCACCGUGUAAUAUCAACUGGAAAAAAGGAUCUGCUCCUAGUGGUAGUAAUGGACUUCUCUCACUGAGCAACAUCACGAGACAACAAGCUGGUAAUUACACCUGUCACGUUACAAAUACACAGAUAUCUGGUUCACUUCAAUCUAAACAACUAAUGGUUAUUGUAUAUUACCCACCGACCAUCACAAGCCUAGCACCAGAUGGUGUCGGUAACAUGAUAAAUGAAGAAUCUACUGUAACCUUCAACUGUUCUGUUGACAGUCUUCCAUCUUCAGUAAUAUCCUGGUCUAGAUCACAACAAGGGGAACAACUCUAUUCUGGUAGUCAAUAUACCAUACCUAAAGCUAUUUGUCAACAUACAGAUAACUAUACCUGUACAGCUAGUAAUAAUAUUGGUCAACCUGUAUCUAAAACUAUUCCACUCUAUGUUAGAUGUGCCCCGGUUCUUGAUCACAACCAAGAAACUAAAACUACUAUAUCUCUAGGACGUGGAGAGACGGGUGUAUUAUCAAUCCAUGUUUUAGCUUAUCCACUACCUGUAUAUACCUGGUAUUAUCAACUACAGGAUGGUAGUAAACAACCGAUAAUAGAGUUUAGAACAAGACAAAAAGAUGAUGGUCUAUCAUCAAUAUUAACUAUACAAGAUGUUACAGAAGAUGAUAGUGGGACAUAUAUAGUUUAUGUAAAUAAUAGUCUUGGUACCAGAUCGACCGUGUUCAACCUGGUGGUAUCGUCAGAAGAUACUAGUGUUGAUGGGUAUAGUAGCAUGCUAGGUGUUGGGAUAGCUAUAGGCCUUGGAAUUAGUGUUCUAGUGGUUGGUAUUGCUACAGCUUUAGCUUGGGUGAUUUUGAAGAGAAAUGGAAAGAGAUUUGGUAUAAAAUCUGUAAAAGCAUCUGAUCAAAGAGUAGUUAAAGACAGCGAUACAUUAGAAAACAUCACCUUGUCUGAUACUCCACAUGUUUAUGACCAAGUUAAUACUGCUGUCACAAAUACCAGAGAUACAGUUAAUACUAGUGUUCUAGAAAUCAGUAGCACCGACUAUAUCAACACAUCAACAACAUCAUCACCAUAUGAGAUACUGGAUAAACAAACUAUGGAUCAACAACCCAACACUUAUCAACAACUCAGUCCAUAUCAAAACCUAGCAGGAGAUAAAAACUAAACAAAAUCACAGAUAUAUUGCUAACUGCGAAAUUAAUAAAAAAUAAUUGUUUAUAUUCACGACAUUUUUGUAUAUUUCUGAUCAUAAAGUUUAAACUAAAUAGAAUCCUACAGUUACGUCAUGCAUUACCGAGGAUUAUCUUAUUAAUAUUUAUAUCGACAAAGAUGUAUUUUAUCAGUUAUGAACGUAAAAGAUCCCUUGACAGUUGGAAUUCGAUAUAAGAGAAGGUCGUAGUGCCGCUGUCCGGGAAAAAUUUCCCGCAUAGCACACUGUAUGGCGUUUGCCCGUCUUCGUUACCCCAGUUCGAGCAGAACAGUAUGACGUUAAAACCCAUUUCAUGUCAUUUCGCUAUCAGGGGUACAGUGAGACGGCAAGGAGGCUAUAUGCUGAUUGUAUUUUCAUGGAAUCAAACUAAGCUUGUUUUGGUAUAGAGUGUCUUUUUAUUUGUAACUUAAGCGUUAAUUAUAUUCCGUCUUCAUUAGCCAGACGGAAGAAAAAUGUAUUUCUUUUUUAUCAUGGCAAUUACCGUACACUAUAUCAAUAUGAUGCUAUUUUAAAUUCAUAUAUCCAUUUAUUACAUAUUAAGUUUCCAUAUUUUUAAAAUUCAUUGAACCUAUAUUAUGAAGCAUUAGACUAUUAUAGAAACUAUUCUUAUUUAGAACUGUAAAUAUUUUCCUAAAUUGUUUUCUGCUAUUAUU